UCACAUAUACAUAAAUUAAUUUUGCCCAUACUCCAACAUAUAAUAAAGUAUAUCAAGUAGCGGUAAAAAUUGAUCAUGAACAUAUCCAGAUUGAAUUUAAUUAAAUGUUUAGGCUUCCGCCGCAGCAUGUACUUAAGCCCACUAGGCCCAGCUUAUCCCUGGCAGUAUUGCAAACGACUUACCCACAAUAACCCACACACUGACUGCAUACGACCGUCGCUGCACACAGUCUUGGAUACGCGCUUUAACAAAGGUCUUGCUUUCACUAUGAAGGAGCGCCAGCUGCUUGGCGUCAACGGGCUGUGGCCCUGCUCCACGCGCUCCCCAGAUGAGCAGCUAUUCGGCAUCAGGGCCAACUUUGAGGCACGUAAAGAUCCCAUUGUCAAGUACUCCUAUCUGCAGGCGCUACGAGGCCGACACGAGCGCCUUUACUUCCGCUUUCUCAGCGAAUACACUGAAUUGGUGUUGCCUAUUAUUUAUACACCUACUGUCGGCACCGUUUGCUCCACCUUCGGCUUGAUCUUUAGAUCUCCCGUUGGUCUCUACAUCACCAUUUACGACCGCGGGCACAUCGUUGAAGUGUUGCAGAAUUGGCGCGAAACGAAUAUUCGAGCUAUUUGCGUCACUGACGGCGGUCGUAUUUUGGGCCUUGGGGAUCUCGGUGCCAGUGGCAUGGGCAUAUCGACGGGAAAGUUGGCAUUAUACACGGCACUGGGUGGCAUCCCACCCAAUCUCUUACUGGCCGUCGCCCUGGACGUAGGUACAGACAAUGAGCAACUGCUCGCUGAUCCGCUCUACGUGGGCGCCCGCAUCAAACGCGUCAAGGGGCCGGAGUACGAUGAUCUCGUGCAGGAGUUCAUGGAUGCAGUGGUGGAGGUCUUUGGUCCCGACACAUUCAUACACUUUGAGGACUUUGCCACCCCCAAUGCGUUCAAGUUCAUUAGAAAGUAUCAACACUGCUUUUCAUGUUUCAACGAUGAUAUUCAAGGAACCGGUUCCUCAGUCUUGGCCGGGUUUCUGGGUGUAGAGAAAGUAACUAAUCAUAAGCUGAAUGAGCAUGUUUUUCUAUUUGCUGGAGCAGGCAGCGCGUCCAUGGGAAUUGCCAAUCUGCUAGUGAAAGAACUUAUGGACCGCGGCAUCAAGGAAGAGGAUGCUUGUAAGAACAUUUAUGUUCAUGAGGCUGGUGGACUUGUGACACAAAAUAUACCUAAUUUGGUUGAAGACUUAAAGCGCUUUGCCAAAAAAAUGGAUCCUAUUGCAAAGUUGGAAGAUACCGUAGAAAAAAUAAAGCCUUCAAUAUUAGUAGGCGCCACUGGUGUGGGAAACCUAUUCAACGAACAAGUUCUACGCUCUCUAGCAAAGAAUCAUAAGCAACCGGCAGUUUUUGCGCUCUCAAAUCCUACCAGCAAGUCAGAAUGCACGGCCGAACAAGCAUAUAAAUUUACGGAGGGUCGGGUCAUAUUCAGCGCUGGUUCGCCAUUUCCGCCUGUGCUCAUCAACGAGAAGCGUCUCACACCAGGCCAGGCCAACAACUGUCUCGUGUAUCCAGGCAUAGCGUUGGGAGUCUUGAGCGCCCACGCUCGUUACGUGCCCGAUGAAGUCUACACCAUAGCCGCGUACACCCUGGCUAAUUACACAACGGAAGAGAACAGAAAAGCUGGUAGCCUUUAUCCCGCUAUUAAGGACGCCAAUGAUGUGGCUUUUGCCAUAGGUCUUAAUGUGGCUAAGUACAUUUUUAAGAAGAAUCUGUCCAAUUUGCACCCGAUUCCGGAGGAUGUCUGCGAGUAUCUCAGUGGCUUCUUAUAUAGACCCCACUACGAGCACACGCUUCCCAAUACAUGGGAGUACCCCAAGUUUCAGAGCGUUCCGCUUGAUUCAGAAACAGUGGUCAAAACAUAUUUGGGUGACAUCAAGGACAAAAAAGGUGAAGAACAGAAAGCGCAGAAGUGAAUAGCAAUCGAAAGUAUAAUUACGUUUCAGUUUGAAAACAAAAUAUAUGCAUAUCCACUAUACACAUUGAA